AUGGGUCUCUGUCAUUGUUUUGACUGCUUCAAGCCAUCACAACUUCCAUCAUUAAAGAGUGCUGAACAAGGCGAUGAGGAUUCUGAAGAAGACUCGAGCUCUGAUGAGGUAACGCCUACCGCCGUGUCCAAGCCGCGAGAGCGGCGUAUCAGCCAGUACCACAAGUUCUUCCAGGGGCACAAUGUGAAUGAGCUGGCCUUCACCCAGCGCCUCUCCACCAUCACCAAUGACCGGCUGAUCAACUUCAUCGAGCUGCCGCUGAGGAUCAACCUGAACGAGGGUACAGCGGAGCCCUCCAGUUGGGUCACCUUUCGCACCCCGGCCGAGUUCUUCACCUCAAUGGGCUACCGGAAGCUAAAGGAGCUAGGACAGGGCGGUUUCGGCACCGUCUUCCUCGUCGAGAAGUGCGUCCCCCUGACGACGACGGGCGGAAAGAGGCCGAAGAGCGCCAAAGCCGUGGACGACCACUUUGCUUACUACCAAAUGGCCUGCAAGGUGAUCAUGCUGCCCGACGACGAGGACCGCUCCAGUCGACGGCAAUUUGAGUCGCUCAAGGCGGAGCUGUACAUGCUGCAGGGGCUGCGCGGAAAGUGCGCCUACGUCAUCGAGUACUACGAGCACUUUGUGCUGCGCUUCAAGAAGGCCGGCUCCAGGAUCAAUUACAUGAUGGCGCACAUCUUCAUGGAGGUGGCCGAUGCGGGCAGCAUGGUCAAGGAGGUGGAGAAGAAGGGACCGCUGUCCACUGACCUGGCGCGACGGUACUUUGCCGAGAUGAGCAGCGGUCUGGAGUUUCUACAUCGAAAUCGAAUCUCUCACAAUGACUUCAAGCUGGAUAACGUUCUGCUGGUGUCCGACCCGAAGAAGCGUAAGCUGAAGCACUGCAAGCUGACCGACUUUGGAAUGUCCGCCUUUGCCUGGAAGGACGGCGUUGGACUGCUCUACUCAAAGCACUUUAUGGGCACUAGAAGUUACAUGGCGCCACUAGUUCAGGAUAAGAAUAGUAAAACAAAGAGCAGGCAAGAAGACUAUGUGCCCUUCUCCGCCGACAUUUGGUCGCUAGGUGUGAGCCUCUACGUAAUGCUGACACGAAAGUUUCCAUACCAAGCACCGAGAAACGUAGAGAAGCUGUCAGCUUUUCUAGCUCAGAUCUCCAAAGGCGUUUUGACGGCGAAAGAAGCGAAGCAAAAGUUUGGCACCAAAUUGGCUAACCUGAUGUGUGGUAUGCUUGAGUUUGAUCCCAGCAAACGUUUCACCAUUGCCACAGUCAAAUCACACGAGUGGUUGAAGACUAAAGCGAGAAAAACCUGA